CUCUGCGGUGCACAGUGCCUGCGGGCGAGGCGCAGCCCCAUCGCCAUGCCCAUGUUUUCGGCGUUCUCCUUACGUAACAGGCGAGUCAAAAAUGGCUAUUGCCCAAUGGUGCUGUUUUGCCAAGUCACUUCGGUACUCCGUGGCACAGCGCUGCUCUGGGGUCAGGCAGUGCUUCGUGCUUUCCGGGAGCAACCCUGCGAGCGCUGCCUUAAGCGUUUGGCAGUUUUUACGUGUGUCCGUAAAGAUCCUCCAACCAGAGAGAACCAGAAUCACUCUUUGUGACCAGGACCUCUAAAGGUUCUUUUUUUUUCCCCAGAAGAUUCCUGUUUGUUCUACCAAAAAAUUGGAUCUGGGAGCUUUUGUUUGAAACUAUGAAACAAACAGAAGAAUGUGUGUGGAUUUAAAACUGUUGUAUUUAACAAGUUGUGGAGUGAGAAGUACUGGAGAAAUAGCUUGCUCUAUUGCUCACUGUAGAUCUACUACAAAUUGUUUCUGAUGCAGCUGAGAAAAAUGCAGACCCUUAAAAAGGAACACGGACCUGUUGACACGAGUAGCAAUGUGGACAAAAUCAUGGUACUUAAAUCUACUUUAGCAGAAGUGUCUGAAGAGUUGUCUACAAAUGAAGAUAUACUACUUACUGAAGCAAGUAGUGGAAAAAGCAAAUCUUCAGCUUGUCGAAGAAAGCGAGAAUUCAUUCCAGAUGAAAAGAAAGAUGCGAUGUACUGGGAGAAAAGGCGGAAAAAUAACGAAGCUGCCAAAAGGUCUCGUGAAAAACGACGACUGAAUGACCUUGUCUUAGAGAACAAACUAAUUGCACUGGGAGAGGAGAAUGCCACUUUGAAGGCGGAGCUGCUUUCGUUGAAGCUAAAGUUUGGUUUAAUUAGUUCUGCAGCCUAUGCCCAAGAGAUACAGAAACUCAGUAGCUCAACAACUGUGUAUUUCCAAGACUAUCAAAGUUCCAAACCAAACAUUAACUCAUUUGUAGAUGAACAUGAGCCAUCUGUAGUUGGUAGCAGUUGUAUUUCUGUCAUUAAGCAUUCUCCUCAAAGCUCUAUGUCAGAUAUGUCUGAAACGUCAUCAGUAGAGCAUGCUCAAGCAAGUUGUAUACAAAGCAACUGCAGAAGUCCUGAAAAUAAGUUCCAGAUAAUAAAACAGGAGCCUAUGGAAUUGGAGAGAGAGCCAAGAGAUGACAGAGGUUCAUACAAAGCAUCCAUAUAUCCAAACUACAUGGGAACUACCUUCAAUAUGUACUCACAUUCUCCUCCUCUCUUGCAAGUUAAUAGGUCCUCCAGUAAUUCCCCUAGAACUUCAGAAACUGAUGAUGGAGUUGUAGGAAAGUCAUCUGAUGGAGAAGAUGAGCAGCAGGUUCCUAAGGGUCCAAUCCAUUCUCCAGUUGAACAUAAAAAUGUUCACGCAACAGUUAAAGUUCCAGAAGUGAAUUCUUCUGCUUUGCCUCACAAGCUUCGAAUUAAAGCCAAAGCCAUGCAAGUUAAAGUGGAAGCAAUGGAUAAUGACUAUGAUGCCACACAGAAAUUGUCAUCGCCUAUCGAUAUGUCCUCAAAAAGACAUUUUGAGCUUGAAAAACAUGGUGCACAGAACUUGGUGCAUUCUUCUCACACUCCUUUCUCAGUUCAGGUGACGAAUAUCCAAGACUGGUCACUCAAACCAGAACUUUGGCAUCAAAAAGAACUCAAUGUAAAAAUUCAGAAUGGUUGCAAAACUGGAGUUGAAAUAAAAGACAAUGUCUACAAUGUCUCGGAGUCUGAGAACCUGUAUUUGAAGCAGGGCAUAGCAAACUUAUCUGCAGAGGUUGCUUCACUUAAAAGACUUAUAACUACACAACAAAUUUCUGCAUCAGACUCUGGUUAGGUUACUACUGAGUAAAGGCUUGUUGUUUAAAAAGAUGUCAUUUGCAGUGGAUAAAUGUUUUGUAUUAUACUGAAUUUUCACUGGACUUGUGAUGUCAUUUCACUGUAAUGUUCACAUAACAUCUGAUUGGUGUCUUUUCGUGCACAAAUUAUUAUGAAGACUAGGUUGUAUUAUGAUCACUAUGCCUUGUGUAUAGUCAAGUAGCCUGUACAAAGGCUGAUAUAGUGAACUUUUCUUUUUGUUGUUCUGCUAUAAAGUGUGUAAGUUACCAGUUACAAUAAAACAUUGGUGACAAACACAGGACAUGUA